CAUUCAGCAUGGCUUCUCCAGCCCUACUCAUGCGUGUGGUCGCCUCUGCAUACUCUGUUGCCGAAAAAGCUGCAACAAUUGUUAGAAAUGUAAUGUCUGCAGGAGAUCUGGGGAUAGUGGAGAAGGCUGGACCCAAUGACUUGCAGACCAAAGCUGACCGACUGGUACAAAUGAGCAUUUGUGCUUCCCUGGCACGGAAGUUUCCCAAGGUGACAAUCAUAGGAGAAGAAGAACUGCCUACUGAUGAUGUAACUGAGGAAUUAAUUGAACAUGGCCACUGUGAAGAAAUAUUGAAGAAACCUUGUCCUGCUCAGUACACAGGAAUUAAAGAGGAAGAGCUUGUAAUAUGGGUCGAUCCCUUGGAUGGAACCAAGGAGUACACUGAAGGUCUCCUUGACCACGUAACGGUUCUUAUUGGAAUUGCCUAUGGAGGCAAAGCAAUAGCAGGAGUUAUCAACCAGCCAUAUUACAACUAUGAGGCAGGAGCUGAUGCUGUGUUGGGCAGGACAAUCUGGGGAGUCCUGGGCAUGGGUGCCUUUGGAUUUCAGCUCACAGAAGCACCUGCUGGGAAACACAUCAUUGUUACCACCCGUUCCCACAGCAGUGCCCUGGUAAAUGAGUGUAUCAGUGCCUUGAACCCAGAUAGUGUCAUCAGAGUUGGAGGAGCAGGAAACAAGGUCAUUCAACUUAUAGAAGGCAAGGCAUCUGCUUAUGUAUUUGCCAGUCCUGGAUGCAAAAAAUGGGAUACAUGUGCACCCGAAGCUAUUCUACAUGCUGUGGGAGGCAAGUUAACUGAUAUCCGUGGAAAUGCUUUUCAGUACAACAAGGAAGUGAAACACAUGAAUUCAGCUGGGGUCCUUGCCACUUUGAGAAAUUAUGACUAUUAUGCCAGUCGUAUUCCUAACACUGUGAAACAGUCUCUUGUGCCAUAAAGUGGGAAAGCAUUACACUUGGCCUGGGAGGCUGAGAAAGUGAGCUUGGAGAAAAGGGAACAAAGAAGAUACCUGACCUUGAAAUUCUGUUCUAUAGAAUCCAAACAGAUUUGUUUCACUAAAGUGUUCAAUAAUUUCAAAAUCACACAGAAUCUCUAAGUAUAUGUUGGAUCAGAUUGUUUUGCUGUGUUUGGCAGACAACACCAAACCGGUCACAUUUCUUCAAUAGCUGUAUUCUAUAUUCUUUGGGAGUUUUCAUCCUUCAUGACUGUGCAUAAUAUACUGCUAAUCACAACACUGCAGGCAAAAAAUCAUCUUAAUAUUCUGGGCACAAAAUCAUGUUAAGUCACUUA